UAGACGUUCAACGCGUUUUCUAGUCCAAAUCUGAUAAGGCAACGUUUUCUCCGCCGCCCGCUGCCCAACUUGUUGUUUGCAUUUACUUCUGACUCAGAAGCCCACAUUCGUAUCGACAAUAAGGCCUCAUCAUGCUUCGCCUUUCCAUGCCCACCAAAACCGACAUCCGGGGUGCUCCUGUGUUCAAAUACCGCUUCAUCUUGAUUCGCAGUCUUUUUUCCCUUUUUCUCUUCACAGCAUCAACGACCGCAAUACCAGUUGCUGCUCCGGUGAGUGUCAAAAUCCAAGAAAGGUCAUUACGACAGUUCAAUCCGUUUCAGUCUUCCCUGGCGGGACAACCCGAUGUCGACCAUGCCAUCUCUUCCGGUGCACAACAAUCGACAGUUUCGAAGUUGUUGGAAACCCGAGGCCAGAAAUCACGUCGAGAAGAAGUCUUGCAUGCUACACUGCGUUUCGACGGUGUUCUACCUGCCGGAAACACGCGCACUCAAGGAGGCUGCUCAGAAAUUUAGCGAAGCACUAGUCGAAGAAGUGUUGACUAUUGCUUUACCCGUGUUGCACCCGACUAGCCCUGAUGCAUACUUCGAAAUUGACAAGGUGAUUGGAUAUCCUACAAGGCUGGCAGACCAUGAACCUUUCUCGGUUUCGUUCAAAAAACAAGGACCACAUGGACCAGAGUAUGAUCUCUAUCAAGGAUGGUUUUUUCGGACAACUGUCCCUGUUACUGGGGAGAUAAGGACUGCUGGCCUAAAAACUCUCGUUGCAAGGGUUGAAAAUGGCAACCUAGUUUAUCCAAAGGUUUUUCACGUUCCAUUUGAGCUGGGUAUUCGGACUGAAGCCAGUAUUAGACGGAACAAAAUCCUGGACAGUGACACCAAGAUUGUGCUAUAAUGUAUGCGUGUAUGUAUCUCUUGUCAUCUCCUUUUCGGCGCAACUGACUUCGUUGUAGCACCGGCAAGGACAAAGAAGGAAGUGCAGUGAGGAGUUGGUUUUUGUCGGCCUGAAAGGUCUACCGGGAAUUUGAUCACCUAUGACUUAGCUCUGGAUGUC